AUGAGAGAACGAGAGAGAAAAAGAGAGAAACAACAACACAUUAAGACUACUUCAAAGUCUACAACCAACAGCUUUUACAACACUAUAGGAACAAUGUUUGGGUUGGGUAAAUUAUUUUAUGUUAUAGUAUUAACAAUUAAUGGGAUUGCUGUGCUAAGUGAAGAUCGAUUUUUAAAUAGAAUUGGAUGGGGAUCAACAACAUCACAACAAAAUAAUGGAAAUAUUCAAGCUCAAUUUAAUCAAUUUAACACUGGAAUGGAAAAUGGUGAAGGAUCAAUAAAAACAAAAUUAAUCAAUUUAAUAAGUGCUGUUAGAACAUUAAUGAGAAUACCUUUGAUUGUGGUGAAUCUUUUCAUUAUCAUAUAUGAGUUGAUCUUGGGAUGA